CAGCAAUAAAACCCUGGCGCGACCGAAAGACUGCUCGUCUCAGCAGGUCAUACAGAGCUUCUCAGCUUGAGCUCGCUCAACGUUCUUUGCGACAGAAUCCUGUCGCUCAAUCACCAAAGCAAGAAAUUAUCCGGUUCCCAGGACUUUAGUCCUUGAUCUCGAAAUUCCUCGAGGGGCUGCCGAUAGCUGCGGAGACUGCCUAUACCUCUACCCUUGAUCGCACUGAUCUAAUACUAUCUUCGACUCAUACGCACGCAUCUUCCUGUUCUCCGGGCGAGACAAGCCAGAAAAAUGUCAACCCAACGGCAAGCCACCUCCGCCUCCCAAACCCCGCACAUCUCCCCCGCCGAACUCUCCUACCUCUACACCUCGCUCAGUCUCCCGCAGAACCCCAUCCGACCCGAUGGCCGCUCAGCCACGCAGUUCCGGCCCCUGACCGCCGAGACCGAUCUGCUGCCCGGCACGAACGGCAGCGCGCGCGUCGGGUUCGCCGACGGGACGCAGGCGAUCGUCGGCGUGAAGGCCGAGGUGGAGCGGACGGUGGUGGGUGCUGCGGCCAGCUAUACUCUCGCCGAGGCCGAAGGCGCAGGGGAUCUUGAUGGCGAAAGCGGGGAGGGGUCGGGCUCUGCCGCGGGUGCUGGUGCUGCUACGGCCGGUCAUGGGUCGUGGGUGCAGAUGAGCAUUGAGAUCCCCGGGUUUCGGGACGACGAUGCCCUGCCGGUGUUCCUGGCGGAGAUGAUGCGGGAGCCGUUGGUUGAGAGUGUUUCUUCCGGGAGUAAGGGUGCUAGUGGGGAUGGCGAAAAAGAGAUGGAGGGGGGUUUGAAGGGCAGGUUGGUCAUUAAUCGGAGGUGGCAUUGGCGGUUGUAUAUUGAUGUAUUACUACUAUCGCAACCACUCUCCUACCCUCUCCCCUUGUUGUCCCUGACGACACAUCUGGCGCUUCUGGCGACGAAACUCCCCAAGUUGAAAUCCAAGGGCGAGGAGGAUCCCUUUUUCGACGAUGACUGGAAUGCGGCCGAGUAUCUGUAUCCCAGAGCUUCUUCUUCGUUCCCCAAGUUCGGCGGUAGCGCGGCGGGUGGUGUUCCUCCUCCCGUGCAGCAUGUUCGGCCGCCGGUGACCCUCUUGGUGAUCGCCGUGGGCGACAAUGUCAUCUUCGACCCGAACCGCGAGGAGAUCGCCGUCGCUGAUACCGUGCUGGCCAUCUCGGUGACGCGCGAUGGUGGUUCCGAGGGUGGCCUGAAGCUGUUGUCCAUCCGGACGAUCGAUCCCCCCUCGCGGCUGACGCAGCCUGGGGUGCCGAAUUCCGAGAACGUGGCGACGCUGGGGGCUACGGCUGGCGCUGCUGGCUCGGAGGAGCAGCAGCCGGCGGCGGCGACGGCGGUUCUGAAUCCGGUGACGGGCGAGGAGGAGGUUCCGGGCGUGUGGAGGCCUCGUCGGGGAGGGGUGAAGAGGCGCACGGUGGCUAAGAUGGUCAAGUUGGUGCUGGAGAAGGGUGGGGUUGGUGAGGAGGUUCUGGAGGGUUUGGAGAGUGUGGAGGUUGGUUGAGCGGUUCAGGAGGUCUGGCUUGUCGCUCUGGGACACUGGGGGAUAAACUGUCAUCCCUCAUGGCAGACAUCUUCUGAGCGUGUUUUCGAGGGGGAAAAAAGCGCAUAUCCACCCGAAAGAGCGUGAUACUAAACCACAGCGAUAAAUCGCCAGAUGUUUAGCCCCCGGUAGACAAGAGGACAAUCCGCCAAGGAGGGUGGAAAGCUAGUAGUAUUGUACAUAGACCUAAGAUAUGCUAAAAAUCUU